AAGCCUUUCUUCUUCUUCUGUUCUAUCUCUCAAUGUAAUGAAGCCCCAGUCUGUCUUCUCCCUUCACGCAAUCAACUAUACCGGUGGUUUAUUCUUCAACGCCUUUGUUGAUUGGCAUGUGAUGUCUUCUAUUAUGCGAACGUAAAGAUAUGUGAAUGAGUUUGAUCCAGGUUCAUAAUUUUUUUUCUUUGGGUUUUGGUUUUGCCUUUCCAUUUCAGUGAUAAAGGAACAGCCUUUACUUUGGUUCUGGGAUUUGAUUGGUCUGCUUGUGGGGUGUUUUCUUUUCUUUCUUUUGUUGGAAGUUGACCUGAAGGUCCUUUGAGUGUGUUGGUGUUUGGAAUUUGGACUCUGUUGUCCAAUUUGGAUUGGAUUUGAGUGUGUUUGGUAUUAAGGUUUCAUGCUUAAGGCGAAGCAAUGGAGAGGUUCAUUAUGGCCAACUUUCAUCUUCUUUAGCAUUCACUAUUCAUAUCAACAGCAUGAAAAACUUUUUGAAGAAACUCCAUUUGGGGUCCAAUCACUCUGAGGAUUCAGAAGGGUCUGCAAAGGGGAAUAGGUUGGGUGAUGUGUCUUCGCCCGAAAGGAAUUUAAACUCUAGAUCACACCAUGGGUCUGAUCAUAACAAGCCCUUUUCAGCAAUUUCAGGAUGGUUGAGCUCUGUUUCAAGCAGACAUAGUACUCCUAGCCUCCCCCCUCCUUCAAAUUUGAAUAAAACUGGCAUAAUGGGACCUUGUGAUUCUGUGAGCAGUAGCUGUGGCUUAGAGGCUACUCUGGAAGCAGUGAGACUUGUGUCUGAGUCUACAAAUUCGAGGGAUCCUGAUAUUGAAGAAGAGUACCAAAUUCAGAUGGCUUUAGAGUUGAGUGCAAGAGAAGACCCUGAGGCAGUUCAGAUUGAGGCUGUGAAGCAGAUCAGUCUGGGAUCUUGUGGACUUGAAAAUACUCCAGCAGAAGUUGUAGCAUAUCGCUAUUGGAAUUACAAUGCUCUUAGCUUUGAUGAUAAGAUCCUGGAUGGUUUCUAUGAUCUAUAUGGCAUCUUGACCAGAUCCACUUCAUCGAAAAUGCCUACCCUUGUUGAUCUUCAAAGAACUCAUGUAUCUGAUGGCAUAAGGUGGGAAGCCAUUCUUGUGAACAGAGCUGCUGACUCCAACUUGUUGAAACUUGAGCAGAGGGCUUUGGAGAUAGCUGUUAGUUCAAAAUCUGAACCCUUUAACUUUUCAAGCGGUGAUUUAGUGCAGAAGCUUUCCGUAUUGGUUUCAGACCACAUGGGAGGCCCUGUAAUGGAUCCUGACAAUAUGUUCAUAGCAUGGACAAACCUUUGUUAUAAAUUAAAACAAACCCUCGGAAGCAUGGUUUUGCCUAUUGGUUCUUUGACCAUUGGAUUGGCUCGCCAUCGUGCUUUAUUGUUCAAGGUUUUAGCUGAUAGCAUAGGUGUGCCUUGCCGGCUUGUGAAAGGACAGCAAUAUACGGGAUCUGACGAUGUUGCAAUGAAUUUUGUAAAAAUGGAUGAUGGAAGAGAGUGCAUUGUAGAUUUGAUGGCAGCCCCUGGCGCUCUUAUUCCAUCUGACACUGCAGCAGGGCAGGCAGGGGAAAAUGAAGAUUUUCUNAGGAACACUCAUUCUUAUUCGCACGCAAGGUCUCCAUCUUGGACUGAAGGGGUUAGCUCCCCAGCUGCACGUAGAAUGAAAGUGAAAGAUGUUUCACAAUACAUGAUGGAUGCCGCCAAAGAAAACCCGUAUCUUGCCCAGAAACUACAUGACGUGUUACUUGAAAGUGGAGUUGUUGCACCUCCAAACUUGUUUGCUGAAAUUUAUUCUGAAGGGUUAGAUAUCUCAAGGGAUAGGGUUGGCGUGGAGUUUUUGGAGAGAGGCAACUUGCAGAAAAAGAAGGGUGGAGAUUGUCUUGAACGAGCUUGCUUCUUGCCUCCCUUGCCACAUCCAGGUAAAAAUUUAAAGGGAAAUCGGCGUGGGAAAUUGGGUCAAAAUGUAGAGGAAGAAGUGAAUGAACAGACUGGUUCUCCGAAGAAUGAAGCCCCUCAAUUGAAAUUGGCAAGAAAUAUGCCUGUUGCAGCAGCAGCAGCAGCGGCUGCUGUUGUUGCAUCAUCAAUGGUUGUAGCUGCUGCAAAGACAUCCUCUGAUCCGAAUGUUGACCUGCCUGUAGCAGCUGCAGCCACAGCCACCGCAGCAGCAGUAGUGGCAACUACUGCAGCCGUCAGUAAACAAUAUGACGAUUUGGAUGUCUCUGCCCAGCCACCAGACAAUCUGGCAUAUAUUAAUCCAUUAGAAUGGGUAAGAAGUUAUGGGGAUCCUACUGCUAGUGAGCAACAGGGAAGCGGUGACCGAGUGCGUGAGGUACUUGGAGCGAAUUCAGAGGUUGAAAGAACAUCAGAUAGGUCGACUGGGAACGAUAGCUUAAAAUCUGAUGUAAUGCUUGAUGACGUAGCAGAGUGUGAGAUCCCAUGGGAGGAAAUUGUCAUAGGAGAGCGUAUUGGCCUUGGAUCCUAUGGGGAGGUAUAUCGUGGAGACUGGCAUGGAACUGAAGUUGCUGUCAAGAAAUUUUUGGACCAAGAUAUUACUGGGGAAUCCCUUGAAGAAUUCAAAAGCGAGGUACGGAUCAUGAAAAGGCUUAGGCAUCCAAAUGUUGUUCUAUUUAUGGGAGCUGUCACUCGUCCUCCAAAUCUUUCAAUUGUCACAGAAUUUCUACACAGAGGCAGUCUCUACAGAUUGAUACAUCGUCCCAACAAUCAAUUAGAUGAACGGAGACGAUUGAGAAUUGCUCUUGACACAGCACGAGGAAUGAACUACUUGCAUAAUUGCACCCCAAUGAUAGUUCAUCGCGAUUUGAAGUCUCCAAAUCUCCUAGUUGAUAAGAACUGGGUGGUGAAGGUAUGUGAUUUUGGGUUAUCAAGAAUGAAGCACAGCACGUUUCUUUCUUCACGGUCAACAGCAGGGACGGCAGAGUGGAUGGCUCCAGAAGUGCUAAGGAAUGAACCAUCUGAUGAAAAAUGUGAUGUAUAUAGCUUUGGUGUGAUAUUGUGGGAGCUUUGCACCCUGCAGCAACCGUGGGGAGGCAUGAACCCCAUGCAAGUUGUUGGUGCUGUUGGGUUUCAGCACCGUCGCCUAGACAUACCGGAUGACAUGGAUCCUGCCAUUGCAGACAUCAUUAGACAAUGUUGGCAGACGGAUCCAAAAUUACGCCCGUCAUUUACUGAUAUCAUGGCUGCUCUAAGACCUCUGCAAAAGCCGGUUAGCAACUCCCAAGUCCCAAAGGCUCAUCCGCCACCCGGAGGCCAAGGGAAGGGUAAGCUGUUGCAGAAUCCAGAAGAUUGAGUUUUCCAACGGAGUCAGCCGCUGAAGACACAUAUACUGAAUUGAAAUUUAUUUUAUGGAAGGAGAAACAAUUCAAAUUAUUCGAUGCAUUGAAUGGUCGGUGCCAAAACAUACUCCAUACUAGGAUGUGCCAUUUUUUUCUCUUUUUUCUUUCUUUCUUUCUUUUUCAUUUUUUUAAUGUUUGGCUUAUAUAUUCAUUUGCCAUCAUCCUCCAAGUGUGAAUUCGUUUGUAGAUUAAUUUUGGAAUCUUGUGUAAUUACACAUGAACAUUGCAGGGCCUUUAAUCAGCCUCAGCUUCAAAAAAAAAUAUGGUGAAAAAAAGUUAACAAGUGAUUUUUUCCCCUAAUGAAAUAUACGCUUUAGUGGUGG